AUGGCACCCCGUUUCAAGCAAGCUUCUCUUUAUGUUGAGCAUACUGUUCCAUCGACCGGACGGAUAUCUUCAUAUGAAGUAGGAUAUUUGACAUCAUGCAAUAGCAUCCUGAGGAAGAAAUAUUCUUGUUGUUUGAGGUUUACAGUAUACAUCUGUGAGACCUCUGUACUUCAGAUUAAUUUUGUCUUCCUUGUUGAAUUCUUACCCUCAUCUCUUCCAGUCUGUGAGACCUCUGUACUUCAGAUUAAUUUUGUCUUCCUUGUUGAAUUCUUACCCUCAUCUCUUCCAUUUCAUUUUGUCUUUCUUGUUCAAUUCUUACCAUUAUCUGUUCCAACUUGUGAAAUCUUCGAAACUCAGGUUCAUUUUUAUAUGUCUUCAAAUUCUUAUUCUUCUUUCUUCAAGCUAUCCAUCUCUUUCUCUCUGAUCUUGACUUUGAUUUUGUCUUAUCAAUUCUUCAAUUCUUGUUUUGUUACCUUGGAGCCUCAGUUGCCUUUGUUCUUCUCUUAUAUUUACCAGAAAAUUUAUUGUUCUUACUUUUUUUCUCUUCUUCUUCCAUUUUUCUCUUUUCUUUUUUCUUCCUUUUCCUUUUUCUCUUUUUCUUCCUUUUCUCUUCUUCUUCUUCCUUUUUCUCUUUUCUUUUUUCUUCCUUUUCCUUUUUCUCUUUUUUCUUUUCUCUUCUUCUUCUUCUUCCUUUUUCUCUUUCCCUCCUUCUUUUUUCUCUUAUUCCUUAUCCUCUCCUUCUUCUCCCUUUUUCUUUUCUUCUUCCUUUUUCUUUUCUUCUUCCUUUUUCUCUCCUUCUUCCUCCUUUUUUCUCUUCUCUUUCUUCUAUUCUUCUCCCUUUUUUUCUUCUGUGUUUUCCUUUUAUCUUCUUUUUCCUUUAUCUCUUCUUUCUUUCUUUUCUCGUCUUCAUUUUUCUCUUCUUCUUCCUUUUUUACUUCCUCUUCUUCGUUUUCUUUUUUCUCUUUUCUCUCCUUUUCUCUUCGUCUUCUUUUUUCUCUUUUUCUUCUCCCCUUUUCUCCUCUUCUUCCUUUUUCACUUCUUCUUUUUCUUUCCCUUCCUCUUCUUUUUCUCCCCUUUUUCUUCUUCUUUUUCCUCUUCUUCUUCCUUUUUCUCUCUCUUCUUCUUCUUCUCCCCUUUUCUCUCCUUCCUUUUUUCUCUUCUUCCUGUUUUCUCUUCUCUCCUUUUCUCUUCUGUGUCUUCCAUUUAUCUUCUCCCUUUUUCUCCUCUUCUUCCUCUUCCUCUUUUUAUUCCUUCUCCUCUUCUUCUUCUUCCUCUUUUUAUUCCUUCUCCUCCGCCUACUCCUUUUCUUUCCGUAUUGUAUAUAUACAUCAUCUAUCCUUUCUUAAUUUUUCUUAA